AGAUCUCAAAGAAAUUGCUCACAUGAAGAAAAGGUGAGACAACUAUAUAAUAUUUAUAAUUUUUUGUAUUUUAAUUUGAAGAAUGUCUGAAAAUGUGAAUUAUUUUCUUUGUCCCGUCUUCAUAUAAGUCAUUAUAUGCUCCAACAGUUUUAGAGGAGCAAUGAUCACUCUCGCUUUAAGGGCAAAAAUGUUCCGUUUUUAAUUGAAUCGUCUUAAAAGUUAUAAUCAACUCUGUUCUUAUAAAAUGGAGUAGAUCCAAUUAUUUGAUAGAAUUAUUUGAUAGAUCCAAUUAUUUGUCUGUACUUUUGGCACCUACUUGGUAUGCAAUCGUUUCAGUACAUAACAAUACCAGUACAACCUAAUUUGUGGCUGCUGUCACCACAGCAGCCACAAUUUUCCGAGUUCGCUUAAUUUGAAAAGGCAAGGCAGAAUUUUAGGCACAUUCUGUUUAUGUCUCCUAGCAAGUCGUGCUUAACUUGUCGGCAGCGAGUAUGUCUUUUAGUAUUUUUAUUCACGAAAUAUCUGGAAAAAACCACCCCAGGAAAACGUUAUUAAUCUUCCAGGAUAAAAAACAACAACAAUGUUUGUAGCUUAAUUAAAAAAAAGGAACCAAUUUUGUUCAGGCAAUUGUGCGAAGACAGUGUCAAUCGUACCAUUUCGUAAUUUCUUUUCGUCUUAUGCAACGGUUGGAAAGUAUUUCUGUUUAAAUACUUAUUAGCUAAAAUACGAUUCGAAUGCUAGUGUGAAGGCGGUACUGUUCAACAUACUUUAUGUGCUGUCUAAUCUAUAUAUUUUGUGUUCUUGAACAAUUCGCACGUUGUACAUUUAUUAAGAUAGUAUAAAACUUGAUCUUCUUCGCCGUCAAUAAAUUCGUUCUUGGACUCCAUGAGAACUCUCGCUACACUCGUGGAAUACACGUCUGAGUAUAAAAUAUAUUUAUAACAAAAAACAUCAAUUUCAUCUUAGGUUCUUUCGUUACUGUCACCAGAAAUACAGUUGCAAUCCGCAAUUCAAUUAGACGCAUGUGAGUCAGCGCUUAUUUAUUUUUGAAGAUGUAGCUUCCUACUGAUUAUGGUUUAAACGUCAAAUCUUUCUUAGGAGAUACGACGAUAAUGCAAAUAUCAUUGACGAUAACAGCAAGAAAGAUCACUUCGCAGGAAUCAUAUCACCGUCCAGGAACGAAGAAACAUAUGUUUUCCGUCCUCCUAGCGGGGAAUUUAACCAGCUCGUUUGGAUUGACCGUUCGUCUACACCGUCUGAAGGUAGAAAGCAUCCCGAAGUUAACGGCGACGUAGUUGUGAAAGAAGAUACCCCGGAACAUGAAUACGAAAGUCCUCCACCAAGUCCUUCAAGGGCAGUUGAUCAAAUAGAAAAAUUGUUAACCAACACCAGACAGACGUGGGAAACGGAGUCUAGCGGCGAGGAUGACACUGAAGAAGGGUCAGAACCAAGAAAACCAGACGUGGACGAAUACGUUGUACAUAGUAAGUCAACGUCUCGUGAGGACAUUGGAAGUGAAGAGGGUUCAGUAUAUAAACGAUUAAGUCGCACAUUUAGUGAAGAAAUGGAGUAUCCUCGACAAGAAUGUGUACCGGAAGAAGAAGAAGAGCCGUCAAAAACGCACAAACCGCCAUAUCGGAAGGAAGAUGAAGAAGCAAUUAAGAGUGAACCAGUGCAUAUUACAGCAAGUUGCAAGCAAGAAGAGUUGAAGGCUAAUGGACAAGUGCAGAGUCCUUUGGUGUUGAGGAGAAGUCAACAGUACGUUCAUCAUUAUGACAAAGAGUUUGGACAGGUAGGGUUACAAAUCUUUCUCUAUUUAAUUAAGUAAUGACAACUCAGAAUAUCAAAAAUUGCGCUCGCUAUCUCGGUUAGAGUAAAAGAAUGCGGUCGCUGAAAAGAUAUAUUCACGACCAGGGAUAGAUAAUUUAUUCGAAACAGAGUACCGAGCGAAAUCAAAUAACUUAUUCACAUGUUCUGAGGAAACGUUUUGCAUUUAAGAUAUGUAAGUUCUCUAAUAACGACUGCUUGUUUGUAUCUCGAUUACAUGUAAUGUUGGCAAAAUCGUAUAGCCGUAUUCGAAGUAUGGUUAAAUAACUGGACAAUAAUAAUUUACUUCCAGAAGAGUACCAGUGAAAUUCUAUUUACCAUGUUUGCAUAUUAAUAUAUAAACUGAUAUAAAUCUUUCAAACAUGAAUGCGCAUGGAAUACGACCUCAAAUUUACAACGCAUGUUAAUUAAAUACACAUGAAUUAGGUAAAAGAUAAAGAUGUAAAUUGACAAUUACAGCGCAGACUCAGAACUGUUUCUACGGCUGCAUAACGACUCCAAUCGAAAUGAAUGGUUAAUGUUAUUUAAAGAUCAUCAAGUUAAUUAUAUCGACCAUUUGUUUUUCUACCGGUAUUAAACUCCUUUACGAUUUCCAGCUGAAAUUAAAGAAAUUAAUUUUUAAUCAAAAAUUUCCAAAGGUGAAAGAAGCAUCUAUAGUUACACGUCCUGAAGUAAGCGACACUAAAGAGACUGAAGACUGGCAAAUGAUCGAUGACAUACUACAUAGCCCAAGAACAUUAAGUCUAUAUCAAUCCAUGGAUGACGAAACUGUUCGAUCACCAGAAAAUGAUGGGCAACGUGCUGUUCUUCGUCGAAUAGACGGUACAGAUAAUGAAACCACUGACACAAGUCUUCCAGUCCUAGAACAUGUGGUAACACCAACAUUUGCAAGAACAGUUGAUCGUAGUGUUGUCAAUGAAGAAUUUGACAGUUUGUUUUCAAACGAUACCUUGGAAGAUGAGCCAGGUAAUUGGGUUUCUAAUGUAACACUUUGAAACGACAUAUAGUUGUCUCUCACACGUGAGGUUGACGCUGAUAAGAACCAGAAAUGUGUCGGUAAUAUUGAGACAUGGCUGUAAUUAUUAUCCCCGUGCCAACGGCGCGGAGCGCCAUUCCGGCCGUAAGCCCGGGGCGAGGGUACUAAUUCCGCCCGUCUAUUUACACCCGGGGAAACGAAAGCAUUAACAAAGUCUAAAGUUCAUUGUUUCAACUGUUUAUGUAUGACUUUGUAUUUUAUAAUUAAUGCAGACUUUGUUGUUCAUUUUCAAGUGUUGCCUAAGUAUUGUAUGCGAAAGUUUCUUAGUUAAAUUAACUUUUGUAGAAGUUCAUGACAAAAAGGAAAGCAAAUUAUUUUCAUUAGCGUCCUGUACGAAUUAAAUUUAUUUCAUUUCAAAGUGCGAGUAAUAAGUUGAAGCUCGAGUUGAGGAGUUUUAUUAUAAAUAUCGGCAAAAAGCAGAUAAGUUCAAUUCACAUUUAAAAACGUUUUACGUAGAGUUUCGUUUUGAAUUUUACAUCAAAAUAACGCCCAUAGAAACCAAAAUAAUAUACCUACUUUAUAUAUUUUAGAAAUUGAUAGUUCUGUAUUUAAAAGUGUUCAAAUUUCAUCUAUUUUUUGCAGGUUUGUACAAAUUUUAAAAAAAAUUAUCGUGUUCCCAUGACUAACAUGACGUGGCAACGUGAGCCUGCGUUCAGUGUUGGCGUAAUACGAAUACUUCAUGUUGAAACAAUGUUUGGAAAAUAUAGGCGAGGGGUUGUUGCCUGCACGUAUUUCUUGUUAUUUUUUUGAAAUCAGCAAUAUUGAAAUUUGAAGUACACAUUCGGUAUUAUUAGAACGGCGGACGUCAAUUUAUCACAGUAAUGUUUGGCUUAAUUUAGAAUAUUCAAUUGCAGUCUACAUUUCACUUAAAAUUUCGCAUUCAGUCACAUGCUUAAGUCGUAAAUGAAAGUGGGGAAUAAACAAAACCGUAUCGUCUUUCUAGUACGGCCACAAAAUUCAGCUAAAAAUAUAUUAGCGAAUACAUAUUUACGUGUUCUACUGUCCAAUGUUAUUUCAUCUUCGUGAGAUGAUCAGACAAGUACCUUAUAAGGGUAAUUAAGGGACCGGUCAUUAUUUAUGGAAGGGGGGAGGGAAAUUUUUUCUUUCCUAAGUUUUUAAAACUGAAAGCCCCUCCUUAAAAGAGCAUAAAUUCGAUGAUGACCCCCCUGCAUAUUAGAAUAUGUUUACUUGACCCACCCCCCUCCCCCAAUUUUCAAUUUUACUCGUCAAAUGGGGAUACCCAGGCUUUAUAGUGUUAAUUAUUAAAUAAGAAUAUGGAACUGACAAGAUAUUAACGUCGACCAAAAACAUAUAUUAGCAGAAAAUCAUAAUUAAAAGAGGAGUAUUUUUUAUAUAUAACACUAAAAUCAGGUUUCCAUUUGGUCUGGGCGAUUGUAACCAUGUUUAACGGCAGAAUAUUAGUCUUUGGAGGCAGAUGCCGUUUGUGAUCCAAGGCUGCAAUUAGAUUUGAUGGCACGAAGUAUUGCCAUAGCAGCUGCGCAGCAACAAUGAGAACAACGAUCAGUAAUAUUGGCAGCAAAAGGAGACAGCCAUGACAAUUCUGCCAAGGCAUACCUGCAAAAUACAAUGUAUAGUGGUCUAUGCAUCCUAUUUUAUGUGAGAUUAAAAAUUAUAUAAAAUAAAAUGACAUACUACCAGAUAAAAUCCUUUAGUGAACAUGGGUGGGUGGGUGGUUGGGUGGGGGGGGAAAGCUAUCGAAGCGCUAAACUUGCUGCAGCUAGGCAAAGCAUACAAUGGCAGAAUGACUACCCAGACAGAAGCACUGAUCACAAGGUGCGAAACAACCCCCUUUGAGCGAUAUGACGUCACAGACUCCCCUCAGCGGAUGUGGCCUGCAUAAUACAUCCGCCGUUAACCUUGCUUAAAUGUAUUUAACCACAAUGACAUCAAGAUAGCUGAUGUAAUAAUACAUUGUAAAUUUAUCUCUUCAAUCCGUAAAGACUAAUUUGCAUACAGCACACAGAAGGCAAGAUAAAUCCAUACUAUUUCACAUCAGUGACAAUGAUUUAGUUGCAACAUUUACAACCAAAUGGAUACCAGGUUAUUAAGCUAAUUCCUUCAAAUUUAAUUGCAACCCCCCUGUCAUUUUCUUGAAAAAAUUUAAUAGCCCACCCCCCUUAUAGUCAUUUAUUUAUACAUAUGGCCCCCCUUAUUUUUUCCCUCCCCCCCCCCUUUCAUAAAUAAUGACCGGUCCGUAAAGUCCAUCAAAAUAUAUACCCAAUGAUAUCAACCUAUGUAACAGAUACGAUAGAUAUUUUUUUGUGAAUGAUUGUAACGCAACAGAUAUGUUUGUUUCAGGUCUUAGUACGCCAUUAUUUUCCCAAUCAAAUAUUGUUGUUCCAAUUAUAGCGACGGAAAACCAAAGUCUUCCCGAAGCAUCACUUCAAACCGUUUCUGCGGUAACAUAUAAAGACGACGAGAACAAGGAAAAUGAGCAAUCAGAGGUAAGCGAUAAAGAUGAGCCUAAAUUAUUGGAACCAAUAGAACAUGUCAAAAUUUGCAGGGAAACUAAGGAACAUUCAUACGCUGUUUCCGAAAAUGUAUUUGAACUACUCGAAGAGUACCCCGCCAACAAAGAGCCAGUAAUGUUGGACGAUACCUCCGAGCAAAGGGCACGAGAAGAAAAACAAGCACCCUCAGACGAACUUACAGUCGAUAUUAAAUUAGCAGAUAAAGAAGAAGAACCAAUUCGAGAGAAAGCGGAAUUACAACAAAAAACAGCAGUGGAAGAGGAAUCAGUACAUGAACCUGAAACUACGGUGGAAGAUCGUCCAGAUCAAGAAGCAGACACAGUUAAACAUAAUAUAGUUGUAGAAGAGAAACCAGAAUACGAUAAACAAGAUCUAAUUCUCCAAGAAGAGCGUACAGUUCAAGAAGAACGAAGACUGGAAGAGAAAAUAACGAUUGAGAAACAACCUUCUCUUCAAGUGGAAUCAGUUGUUGAUGAGGCAGAAAAAAGUGACGAGGAGCAACUAAAAGAAGAACAGGAAAAUCAAAAAGAAACGGAAGUUGUACAGCCAAGAAAUGAAGAACACUAUGAUGUACAGCGAGAACCAGAUUUAGAAAAAGUGGAGGAUGAACAAGAUAUUCAACGAGAACCAGAAAUGCAACUAGAAGAGGGAGUUGAACAAGAACCGAGAAUUGAAGGAAAGGCAGAUAUAGAACCAAAAAAUGAAGAUAAACCUGAAAGUCAAGAGGAAAAAGAACCAGAAGUUGAACGAUACGAGGAAAUUGGAGCAACAUCAGGUAUAGUACAAGAAUCGCAAGUUCAAAUGAAAGAGGAAGUUGAAGAAGAACCACAAUUGAAAGGAACGGAAACAGUUGAAGAAAAUACUGAACUCCAACAGGAAUUGGAAUUUGAGCAGGAACCGGAAGUUGAAGGUCAGGAGGUUGAAGAAUCAACAUUUGAAGAGGAUACUGAGAUCCAAGAACAACCGGAAUUUGAGCUAGAACCGGAAGUUAAAGGAGAGAAUGUUGAAGAAGCAAGGGUUGAAGAAGACAUUCAAGUUAAACAAGAACCAGAAUUUGAACACCAACCGGUAGUUGCAGGACAGGACGUUGAUGAACCAAGAGAUAAAGAGGAUACUGAGAUCCAGCAACAAUCGGAAUUUGAGCUAGAACCUAAAGUUGAAGGAGAGAAAGUUGACGAAACGAGAGUUGAAGAAGUUACUGAAGUUCAAGAAGAACUGGAAUUUGAACAAGAACCCGAAGAGAAACUGGAACUAAGAGAAGAUUUUGAAGUUCAACCGGAAUUUGAAGAAGAACGUGAAGAUGAACAAAAAACAGCUGUUGGACAAGAAGAGAAAGUUUCAGAUAGACAGGUAGUCAUAGUACAAAGAAGUGAAGAAGAUCAUGAUCAUCAAUUUGACGAAGAAGCAGAAGAUGAACAAGAACCAGACGUUCAACUAGAAGAGAAAAUUGACCAUGGACUAGAAUUUAAAGGAAAGGAAAUUGAGGAACCAAAAGUUGAAGAACCUCAAAAUCAAGAAGAACGGGAAUUUGACGAGGGUGAAAUAGAUGAACAAGAACCAGAACUUGAACUAGAAGAGGUAAAUGAAGAAAAACAGGAUAUUGAACACGAACCGGAGGUUCUAAUAGAAGAAACAUGUGAACAAGGGGUGGAUAUAGAAGAAGAGGAGGUUACAGAAUCAAAAGUUGAAGGGGAAACUGAAGGUCAAGAUCAACCAGAAUUUGCUGAAGAAGCGGAAGUUAGAAAAGAACCGGAAAUUGGACAAGAGAAAGAAAACGAGGAGGAAACAGAAUUGAAAGGUGAAGCAACUACCGAACUAAAAGGUGACGAACCUGGAAAUAAAGAAGAACCGGAAUAUGAUGAACAUGCAGAAGUUGGACAAGAAGCGGAAAUUGAACGAGAAGGGAAAAUUGAAGAAGUACCGUAUAGUGAACAAGAAACGGAAGUUCAAAUAGAACAGGUAUUUGAACGAGGGGUGGACUUUGAAGGAGAGGAAGAUAAAAAAUCAAAGGUAGAAGAACCUGAAAAUCAAGGACGGGAAUUUUCUGACAGACGGAAAGAUGAGAAAGAGCCGGAAGUUGUACAGGAGGUGAAAAUUGAAGAAGAACAGGAUAUUGAACGAAAACCGGAAUUUCAAGAAGAAGAAGGAGUGGAGCAAGAACCGCAAUUGAAAGGAGAGGAAGUUAUACAACCGCAAGUUGAAGAAGAAAUUGUAAAAGAAUUGGAAUCUGAGCAAGAACAGCAAUCUCAACAGGAUCGGGAAGUUGAAAGAACGGAAGUUAAAGAUCGUGAAUAUCAACAUCAUGAAGAUGAUCAUGAAUAUCAACAUGAACAGGUAUACGAACGACAACAAGAAGUGAAAGAAGAAUCGAAAAUUGAACUCGAUUCUGGUGUUGAACAGGAAGAGAAAGCUGAACAAGAACCAGAAUUUCAAAAUAGUGAGGCUGAAGAACCAACAGCUGAAGAAGUUCACAAAGUUCACGAAAUACAGAGCAUUGAAGAAGAAUCGGAAAACGAACACAAACACAAACACAAACAGGAACCUGAGGAGAAAGAGACAGAUGUUGAAGGACAGAAGGUUAAUGAAGCAAAAGUUGAAGAUUUUGAAGUUCAAGUUGUAUCAGAAUUUGGAAAAGAACUGGAAAUUGAACAAGAAGUAGAAGUUCAAGGACGGGAAGUUGAAGAGCCAAAAACUGAAAAAGAUUCGCAAAUACGACAAGAAGAAGAAUUUGAACAACAUCCGGAAGUUGAAGGACAGCAAGUUGAAGAACCAACAGUUGAAGAUGUUACUCAAGUUGAACAAGAACUGAAAUUUGAACAAGACACGGAAGUUGAAGGUGAGGGGAUUGAAGAACAAAAAUUUGAAGAAGAUACUCAAGUUAAACAAGAAUUGGAAUUUGAACAAGAAACGGAAGUUGAAGGAGACAAAGCUGAUGAACCAACAGUUGAAGAAGAUACUCAAAUUCAGCAAGAACAGGAAUUUGAACAAGAAACGGAAGUUGAAGGACAGGAACUUGAAGACCCAAGAAUUGAAGAAGAUACUCAAGUUCCACAAGAACUGGAAUUUGAGCAAGAAACGGAAGUUGAACGACAGGAAGUUGAAGAACCAAGACUUGAAGAAGAUACUCAAGUUCAACAAGAACUCGAAUUUGAACAAGAAACGGAAGUUCAAGGGCAGGGAGUUGAAAAACCAGGAGUUGAAGAAGAUACUCAAGUUCAACAAGAACUGGAAUUUGAACAAGAAACAGAAGUUGAACGACAGGAAGUUGAAGAACCAAGAGUUGAAGAAGAUACUCAAGUUCAACAAGAACUGGAAUUUGAACAAGAAACGGAAGUUGAAGGACAGGAAGUUGAAAAACCAGGAGUUGAAAAAGAUGCUCAAGUUCAACAAGAACUGGAAUUUGAACAAGAAACGGAAGUUGAAGGAGAGGAAGUUGAAAAACCAGGAGUUGAAGAAGAUGCUCAAGUUCAACAAGAAUUGGAAUUUGAACAAGAAACGGAAGUUGAAGGAGACAAAGCUGAUGAACCAACAGUUGAAGAAGAUACUCAAAUUCAACAAGAACUGGAAUUUGAACAAGAAACGGAAGUUGAAGGACAGGAACUUGAAGAUCCAAGAGUUGACGAAGAUACUCAAGUUCAACAAGAACUGGAAUUUGAACAAGAAACGGAAGUUGAACGACAGGAAGUUGAAAAACCAAGAAUUGAAGAAGAUACACAAGUUCAACAAGAACUUGAACUUGAACAAGAAACGGAAAUUGAAGGAGAGGAAGUUGAAGAACCAAGAGUUGAAGAAGAUACUCAAGUUCAACAAGAACUCGAAUUUGAACAAGAAACGGAAGUUGAACGACAGGAAGUUGAAAAACCAGGAGUUGAAGAAGAUACACAAGUUCAACAAGAACUUGAAUUUGAACAUGAAACGGAAAUUGAAGGACAGGAAGUUGAAGAACCAGGAGUUGAAGGAGAUACUCAAGGUCAACAAGAACUGGAAUUUGAACAAGAAACUGUAGUUGAAGGACAGGAAGUUCAAAAACCAGGAGUUAAAGAAGAUACUCAAGUUCAACAAGAACUGGAAUUUGAACAAGAAACGGAAGUUGAAGGACAGGAAGUUGAAAAGCCAAGAGUUGAAGAAGAUACUCAAGUUCAACAAGAACUCGAAUUUGAGCAAGAAUCGGAAGACGAAGGAGGCGAACCUGAAGAACCAACAGUUGAAAAAGAUACUCAAGUUCAACAAGACCUGGAAUUUGAAGAAGAAACGGAAGUUGAAGGACAGCAUCUUGAAGUCCAAAGAGUUGACGAAGAUACUCAAGUUCAACAAGAACUGGAAUUUGAACAAGAAACGGAAGUUGAACGACAGGAAGUUGAAAAACCAAGAAUUGAAGAAGAUACACAAGUUCAACAAGAACUUGAACUUGAACAAGAAACGGAAAUUGAAGGAGAGGAAGUUGAAGAACCAAGAGUUGAAGAAGAUACUCAAGUUCAACAAGAACUCGAAUUUGAACAAGAAACGGAAGUUGAACGACAGGAAGUUGAAAAACCAGGAGUUGAAGAAGAUACACAAGUUCAGCAAGAACUUGAAUUUGAACAUGAAACGGAAAUUGAAGGACAGGAAGUUGAAGAACCAGGAGUUGAAGGAGAUACUCAAGGUCAACAAGAACUGGAAUUUGAACAAGAAACUGUAGUUGAAGGACAGGAAGUUCAAAAACCAGGAGUUAAAGAAGAUACUCAAGUUCAACAAGAACUGGAAUUUGAACAAGAAACGGAAGUUGAAGGACAGGAAGUUGAAAAGCCAAGAGUUGAAGAAGAUACUCAAGUUCAACAAGAACUCGAAUUUGAGCAAGAAUCGGAAGACGAAGGAGGCGAACCUGAAGAACCAACAGUUGAAAAAGAUACUCAAGUUCAACAAGACCUGGAAUUUGAAGAAGAAACGGAAGUUGAAGGACAGCAUCUUGAAGUCCAAAGAGUUGACGAAGAUACUCAAGUUCAACAAGAACUGGAAUUUGAACAAGAAACGGAAGUUGAAGGACAGGAAAGUGAAGACCCAAGAAUUGAAGAAGAUACUCAAGUUCAACAAGAACUGGAAUUUGAACAAGAAACGGAAGUUGAACGACAGGAAGUUGAAAAACCAAGAGUUGAAGAAGAUACACAUGUUCAGCAAGAACUUGAAUUUGAACAUGAAACGGAAAUUGAAGGACAGAAAGUUAAAGAACCAGGAGUUGAAGAAGAUACUCAAGGUCAACAAGAACUGGAAUUUGAACAAGAAACUGUAGUUGAAGGACAGGAAGUUCAAAAACCAGGAAUUAAAGAAGAUACUCAAGUUCAACAAGAACUGGAAUUUGAACAAGAAACGGAAGUUGAAGGACAGGAAGUUGAAAAGCCAAGAGUUGAAGAAGAUACUCAAGUUCAACAAGAACUGGAAUUUGAACAAGAAACGGAAGACGAAGGAGGCGAACCUGAAGAACCAACUGUUGAAAAAGAUACUCAAGUUCAACAAGACCUGGAAUUUGAAGAAGAAACGGAAGUUGAAGGACAGGAUCUUGAAGACCAAAGAGUUGACGAAGAUACUCAAGUUCAACAAGAACUGGAAUUUGAACAAGAAACAGAAGUUGAAGGAGGCGAAGCUGAAGAACCAACAGUUGAAGAAGAUACUCAAGUUCAACAAGAACUCGAAUUUGAACAAGAAACGGAAGUUGAUGGACAGGAUCUUGAAGACCAAAGAGUAGAAGAAGAUACUCAAGUUCAACAAGAACUGGAAUUUGAACAAGAAACGGAAGUCGAAGGACAGGAACUUGAAGACGCAAGAAUUGAAGAAGAUACUCAAGUUCAACAAGAACUGGAAUUUGAACAAGAAACGGAAGUUGAACGACAGGUAGUUGAAAAACCAAGAGUUGAAGAAGAUACACAUGUUCAGCAAGAACUUGAAUUUGAACAUGAAACGGAAAUUGAAGGACAGAAAGUUGAAGAACCAGGAGUUGAAGAAGAUACUCAAGGUCAACAAGAACUGGAAUUUGAACAAGAAACUGUAGUUGAAGGACAGGAAGUUCAAAAACCAGGAAUUAAAGAAGAUACUCAAGUUCAACAAGAACUGGAAUUUGAACAAGAAACGGAAGUUGAAGGACAGGAAGUUGAAAAGCCAAGAGUUGAAGAAGAUACUCAAGUUCAACAAGAACUGGAAUUUGAACAAGAAACGGAAGACGAAGGAGGCGAACCUGAAGAACCAACUGUUGAAAAAGAUACUCAAGUUCAACAAGACCUGGAAUUUGAAGAAGAAACGGAAGUUGAAGGACAGGAUCUUGAAGACCAAAGAGUUAACGAAGAUACUCAAGUUCAACAAGAACUGGAAUUUGAACAAGAAACAGAAGUUGAAGGAGGCGAAGCUGAAGAACCAACAGUUGAAGAAGAUACUCAAGUUCAACAAGAACUCGAAUUUGAACAAGAAACGGAAGUUGAUGGACAGGAUCUUGAAGACCAAAGAGUAGAAGAAGAUACUCAAGUUCAACAAGAACUGGAAUUUGAACAAGAAACGGAAGUCGAAGGACAGGAACUUGAAGACCCAAGAAUUGAAGAAGAUACUCAAGUUCAACAAGAACUGGAAUUUGAACAAGAAACGGAAGUUGAACGACAGGUAGUUGAAAAACCAAGAGUUGAAGAAGAUACACAUGUUCAGCAAGAACUUGAAUUUGAACAUGAAACGGAAAUUGAAGGACAGAAAGUUGAAGAACCAGGAGUUGAAGAAGAUACUCAAGGUCAACAAGAACUGGAAUUUGAACAAGAAACUGUAGUUGAAGGACAGGAAGUUCAAAAACCAGGAAUUAAAGAAGAUACUCAAGUUCAACAAGAACUGGAAUUUGAACAAGAAACGGAAGUUGAAGGACAGGAAGUUGAAAAGCCAAGAGUUGAAGAAGAUACUCAAGUUCAACAAGAACUGGAAUUUGAACAAGAAACGGAAGACGAAGGAGGCGAACCUGAAGAACCAACUGUUGAAAAAGAUACUCAAGUUCAACAAGACCUGGAAUUUGAAGAAGAAACGGAAGUUGAAGGACAGGAUCUUGAAGACCAAAGAGUUGACGAAGAUACUCAAGUUCAACAAGAACUGGAAUUUGAACAAGAAACAGAAGUUGAAGGAGGCGAAGCUGAAGAACCAACAGUUGAAGAAGAUACUCAAGUUCAACAAGAACUCGAAUUUGAACAAGAAACGGAAGUUGAUGGACAGGAUCUUGAAGACCAAAGAGUAGAAGAAGAUACUCAAGUUCAACAAGAACUGGAAUUUGAACAAGAAACGGAAGUCGAAGGACAGGAACUUGAAGACCCAAGAAUUGAAGAAGAUACUCAAGUUCAACAAGAACUGGAAUUUGAACAAGAAACGGAAGUUGAACGACAGGUAGUUGAAAAACCAAGAGUUGAAGAAGAUACACAAGUUCAGCAAGAACUGGAAUUUGAACAUGAAACGGAAAUUGAAGGACAGGAAGUUGAAAAACCAGGAGUUGAGGAAGAUACUCAAGUUCAACAUGAACUGGAAUUUGAACAAGAAACGGAAGUUGAAGGACAGGAAGUUGAAAAACCAAGAGUUGAAGAAGAUACUCAAGUUCAACAAGAACUGGAACUUGAACAAGAAACAGAAGUUGAUCGUCAGGCAGUUAAAGAACCAACAGUUGAAGAAGAAACUCAAGUUCACCAAGAACUGGAACUUGAACAAAAACAGGAAGUUGAAGGAGUAGUUGAAGAACCAGGGGUUGAAGAAGAUAAUCAAGUUCAACAAGAACAGGAAUUUGAACAAGAACCGGAAGUUGAAGGAGGAGAAGUUGAAGAACCAAGAGUUAAAGAAGAUACACAAGUUCAACAAGAACUGGAAUCUGAACAAGGACCGGAAGGUAAAGGACAGGAAGUUGAAGAACCAACAGUUCAAGAUGAUACUCAAGUUCAACAAGAACGGGAUUUUGAACAAGAAACGGCAGUUGAAGGAGAGGAAGUUGAAGAACCAAGAGUUGAAGAAGAUACUCAAGUUCAACAAGAACUGGAAUUUGAACUAGAAGCGGAAAGUGAAGGGCAGCAUGUUGAAAAAACAACAGUUGAAGACGAUGUUGAAUUUCAACAAGAACUGGAAUUUGAACAAAAACAGGAAGUUGAAGCUGAAGGAAUUGAAAAACCAAGAGUUGAAGAAGAGACUCAAGUUCAACACGAACUGGAAUUUGAACAAGAAUCGGAAAGUGAAAGGCAGCAUGUUGAAAAAACAACAGUUGAAGACGAUGUUGAAGUUCAACAAGAACUGGAAUUUGAACACAAAACAGAAGUCGAAGGACAGGAAGUUGAAGAACUGGGAGUGGAAGAAGAUAAUCAAGUUCAGAAAGAUCUAGAAUUUGAACAACAACCAGAAUUUGAAGGACAGGAAGUUGUAGAACCAACAGCUGAAGAAGAUAUACAAGUUCAACAAGAACAGGAAUUGCAACAAGAAACAGAAGUUGAAGGAAGGGAAGUUGAAGAACCAAGAGUUGAAGAAGAUACACAAAUUCAACAAGAACUGGAAUUUGAACAAGAACCGGAAGUUCAAGGACAGGAAGUUAAAGAACCAACAGCUGGAGAAGAUACAGAAGUUCAACAAGAACAGGAAUUUCAACAAGAAACGGAAGUUGAAGGGGAGGGUGCUGAAGAACCAAGAGUUGAAAAAGAUACUCAACUUCAACAAGAACUGGAAUUUGAACAUCAACCGGAAGUCGUAGAACAGGAAGUUGAAGAACCAAGAGUUGAAGAAGAUACUCAAGAUCAACCAGAACUAGAAUUUGAACAACAACCGGAAGUUGAAAGACAGGAAGUUCAAGAAGAUACUGAAAUCCAACAACAACCGGAAUUUGAACAAGAACGGGAAGAUGAACAAAUCUCGGAUGUAGAACAUGAAUCGGAAGUUGAGCAAGAACCAACAGUGGAAGGAAAAGAAACAGCUGAAAAAGAUCGAAUCAGUAGAGAGGAGGAACGUUCCCCUAAACAUGUACGAUUUUCUACUUCGUUUGAAGUAUUUGAAAAAGAACCAAUGGCUGUUGUUGAUAGCGCAGGUUUAGAUGAUGAUACAAUGGUAGAUCAAGGCAAUGAAUACUGCGAUAAGGAGAGUGGGAAAGACUUUGAAAAUCAGCAAGUCUCUCAGGCAGAUGAAGACGAAGUUGACAUCGAGUCACGCUGGGUUGAAGUUGAAAGGAAUCCAGUUGUUUGGCAUACGGUGGAGAAAGUUUGUGCAGAACGUGAACUGGAAAGCAAUGAAAAUGAAAGACCUGCAUCAGCUACUGAAGAGAAAAGUGAAAUAAUUGCAACAACAGAGAAUGAAAACGUGCCCGACCGGGUUAUCAACAUUGGUGCUCAUGCAAUAAUUGAAGAUGUUCUUAAGCAAGCUCUAGCUCAAACCGAAGAAAACAGCGAUGCACCCUUAACACCGCGACUGGUCCGAACUGAAAGCGGAAAUAUGGUGAUUGUAAAAAUGGAAGAGACUGGUGCACUAGAGGAAAGAUAUGAAUUAAUGGAAUUUGAAUUGUACGAACAAUACAUGAAAGAGAAAGGAACGUUUUCACCAUUUCAAUUAGAAUUUCCUUGUAAUGUUGAAAACGUGUUUAGUUCACACGAAGGAGAUGAGCCAUUUGUACUGCCUGAAGAGUUGGAAUAUAUAGGAGAAGAUGAGGAGGACGAAGUUGAUUACGGUUCGGAAAGACCGUUACUUGAAUCGCAUUUGUCGAUAAUUAUGGAAGAACCGCCUUCUGGAAGUGAGUCAUUGUCAGGAUCAUUGGUAAAGCUUCAAAGAAACGAAACUCCUCAAACUGCCGUUGGCGAUAAUUCGGGAGAAUAUUUAAUAACCAGUCCUAGUGAAUUUGACAUUGUUCAAAGUACUGUUCGUGAGGUUCAGAAUGGGAAACAUAAAACCGAAAUUGACAGUAGUGACAAUCCAAAUGAUGUAUAUGUACCAACAACUGAAGACGAAUUUAUGGUGCUAUGGCGAUCCCACGAUUUGGUAGUAAAGGAUGAUGAUGAGCAACCUGUUGAGGACGUAUGCCCUCAAGAACAGGAAAAUAUUCAAGAAACAUUGCCAGAUGAUUUUUAUGUGGGGGAUGUUGUACAGAAACAGGAGAAUGUAAGUCAAGUGGAUUGUGAAGCUGCGAAGGACAAUAUGGAAUAUUUAAAACUAAAUUUACAAGAGAGCCCUGAUGCACCUUCGGAAUCAUCUGUAUCUCCUGGGAGCUCUGUUCGUAGCUGGAUAUCUUCUGAACUUUCUUCACUUGACGACGAGACAACUAGUAAACACCAUAAACAUUAUGGGGACGAUCAUGGAAUUUCUACAACGGAAGAAGAAAAUCUUGUACUUGAAUCAGUUGAUAGCGCAUUUUCUCCCCCUGAGCGAGACAAUUACGAAAAUCUUGGACUUGAGUCAGUUGAUAGCGCAGUUUCUCCUGGUGAGCAGGACAAUAACGACGUUGUUGAACAAAUAAGUGAAGAACAAAUGGUGGAACAUGAUAGUACAAAUUACGAAAAUAAACAAUUAGAAUCUGAAGAUAAUAGUGAUUGCUUUCAAAAACAAGUUACUCCUCCAGAAUUAGAGCACCCACAUGACCUAUCUGAGACUUGCACCGAACAUGUUUCUGUAUCUACUGAACAGGAGGGGGAUAAAAAAGUAACUCGGGUUGUGAGAACUGAAACGACUAGAAAGGUGGUAAAAAUAAUAGACGGUCAAGAGGUACCUAUGGAAGGUGAAGAUUUGGAACAAUAUGAAGCUAAAUUUAGUGGUUUUUGGGAAAAAGAGAGUGUUUUGGAUGAACCAGUUAUUAUCUCUGAGGCCAAUUCUACAAGGACGAUUACAACUGUAGUGACGCACAAGGAAGAAACAAGGCCAGCUGUGAUAUCAGAGGAAGCGUGUAGCAUGGUAAAAGAAGUAUUAGCGAAAAUAGAAAAUGAAGCAGUCUACGAAGAACAUGUGGUACCCAGUGAAGAACAAGAAGAUGAUGGGGUAAAAUUUGCAAUAACCAGUUCUGUAACACAGAACGUGGAAAUGGGUCCUACGUCUAACGUAGAUGAUCAUGUUACUGAAGUUUCCGAAAAACAGCACACAGAUCACGGCGAAACAGCCCCGAAGAUGAUCAAUAAAGAACAAGACAAUGACGGACACACUUUAAAAGAAAUUAUUGAUAAAGCAGAAAAAGAAACUCCUCAAAACGAAACAGAAGUAAUUACAGAAGAACUAGACGAAGAUGGGUCGAAAAAACCAAUAACUGGAGUUGUAGCAAAUAAAGUAGAGGCAUGCUCAUUGGCAAGCUUAGCCAUGCAAGAUAGUGCAGUUAGUGAAAUUUUCAAGAAAAUUGACGAAGCACACGAGGACGAAUCUGAGAUGACGACAGAAGAACAUGAAGAGAAUGGCGUGAAGACAACGAUUACAAGAGUUAUUACACGCAAGGAAAUUACUGAAUCCGAGUUAACGUAUAGGGAAAUGCUUCCACCACUUCAAAUAGAAACAGAACAAUCAGCAAAAACUGAAACAGAGCCUUUUGUGACUUCGGAAGACAAAGACAAAAAUGAUUCGAUUAAGACGUUAUUUGAAGAAUUGAAGAAACAAGGAGGAAAUUACGAGAGUGAUUCUGAAUGUGACGAUAACGGAAUUAUGGUGUCGGGGAUAAAUCCAAAGGAAUACAAAACUAAACUUUGUGAACCUACAGGCGAAGAAAAAAUUAACGAUUCCCCAACUGAAGAAAAUGUUUCGUAUCAGGUUACCAAGAAUGAAGAUGGAACGGUGACGACAAUUACGAGAGUUGAAACUUAUAGUUCUACAUUCGAGCCUAUGUUUGAGGAAGGAGAGACUGAUGUAGUGAAAGAUAUGUUGGAAAAAAUGGAUGAGUUUCUUGUAGAAACAGCGCCUGUAGAUGAGUACGAGGAACAUGGCGACGAUAACGUGAUGAGGGAAGUCAGAAGAGAAGUGCGCGAGGUGACUACAAUGGAAGCAACGUCAGAACUGGGUAAGGUUUAUAGCUUGUUACAUAAGUAGAAAUUGCAGCAAACAGCUAAUUGAACUAUCGCACUCGCAAUUAGUAGGGGAAAUUACACGGUUCGAGAAGUAUUAAUUAAUGAAAAAUCGCACGCGUGUUUGGCGAAAUAUUUAUAAUACCGCGAGUGUGUAGCACGAGCGGUAUUAUAAAUAUUUCCCCUAGCACAAGUGUGAUUUAUUUCCUUUUAUAGUCAAUUUUACACGAGCAAUCAAUGAUAAGAAACAUUUGUAUUUUAUGUAUUCAAGCGAGCGUAGCCAUGCGCGCCUCUACAUGUGCUCAAUUUUGAGAGAACUUUCAGACAUUAAUGUUCAGUUCGUAUCUGUAAAAACUGUGAAUUAUCUUUAUUUCUUCUUUUUCUUCGUUAUGGAACCAUAAAUAAGAGCUAAUUGUAAAAUACGAGCUCAAAAAAUGUACAGUUUCAAGUUGUCUAUUUUCAAGUAGACAUUUGUGUUUAAACCAAGCAUGAUCAAAUGCGGGACCGAUGCGAUAAUGUUUAAUACGCGCGGUUUUUAACCAAUCAGAAUCGAGUACAUUGACUAAAAUGAUAAUAUCGCGCGUCUUCCGAUAUUAACAAACUAUUUUCUUGUCCACAAAGAGACCAGGUGUAAAAGGUCAAGCCGCUAAAGAUGGCAAUGGUCGUUUUCCCAUGAAAUCAGAUAAUUCCAAAGUCAAUUUAACGGCUUAGUUUGUACGAGUGACGUCGCUUUUGCCACAAACAUUGCUUGCUAGCUACGAAACGACAUAUUUGAAUUUAGACUUCUUCACAGCCAUCCUGAUCUACAUUACCAUUAAAUAUUAACAGAAAUCGUAUGUUGGGUGCCGAAGUAAACCGAUGUUUCCACUCUAAUUAUUAUGCAUUGUACAGACGUCGAGUUUUUUCAACGGUCGUAUAGAAACCACGCCAUCUGCUACCAGAUAACACUGUUAUCUGUAGGUUCAAACAGCGGUAUGCAAUUUCUUGGAAGCGGCAGAUAUACAUGCACGAAUAAAGAAUUCCUGACUCGAAUGUAACACUUACCUCGACCUUGAUAAAUUUGGGUAUCACGAAACCACAUCCAAUAACUGUUUAUGAUUUUACAGAUAAAAUGUAUUCACUUAGUGCGCACUCAAUUGAAAAAAACCUACAAUGCAUAGAAACAUUGUGAAUUAUUUGACUUCCAGAUAAAAAUUUCAAAAACCUACAAUACGCUAACACUCAGUUAAUUAUUUUGGAAAUGAUAAUUCAAUUUAUAAAAGCUAUAUUAUUUUAUAAUAUUAAAUGAAAACUAUUUUUAUUCACGUAUAUUAUUGGAAGCAAUUUCUGAUCGAUGUUAUCGAAUUUGUUUUAAUAAACAUUUUAAAUUCCUUAAAAAUUCAAACAUAAAAAAAUAAAGUUAACCAAAGUCUUUUAUUAAAAGUUAAGAAUGAAAUAUAAUUUACAUCGUAACCAAAUACACCUGAUGUAUUUAGUUAUAGAAAGAGGUUGUUGUGAUUGAAUAAUUUACCAAUGAUUAGUAGUAAGGUUUGAUAGUCUCCAUGUCGCAAUAAAAUAAAGUUGGGUGCUUUUCCCUUUAAUUUAAUGAAACCGAAAAUUUUUUUAAAUUAUAUAUGUAACACAGCAUAAAUAUUACGCUCUUUCUAAAAUAAACCGUAAAAUAAUGACUAUUUAACGAUCUACAUAAAUUUUAAGUUUUACUAGGAGAUUUUCAAGCGCGUGUUUUACUGGAGCACAACAAAUGUCGCUACAUUCAUUAUUCUCAACCACUAACUUGGUCCGACAAGCUGGCUAAAGAAGCUCAAAUAUGGGCUGAACAUCUAGCUGAGAGUGGGUGUCUUAAACAUUCUACAUCUUCGGACUAUGGGGAAAAUGUGGCUUAUUCUUCAGAAGUGUUAAAUGGCUACGAUCUAUCUCAGCUGUGGUACGACGAAAUCAAACAUUACAGUUUUAUCAAACCUGGCUUUACCACACAAACGGAACAUUUUACGCAAAUGGUCUGGGUGGGAACUAAAGAGAUGGGUGUUGGAAUGGCACUGGCCCCUGAUGGAACCUCCUAUUAUGUUGCAAGAUACAACCCUCCAGGGAAUAAGCUAGGUUGUUUUGAGGAAAAUGUUUUGUCCCCGAGAGAGAAUGCAGUCGAAGGUCGACCGAGAAAGAAAAAGUCCCCAAGUCCUCCAAGCCCACCUAAUGAGAUUGGUAAGAUGUGAUAUAAAGGAUUUGAUAUUAAGUUCGGGUCACCGUGCAUGGGAUUUGUGAAAUGAACAUCACAAAUACUUAAUAUGUUAAAAAAAAUAAAAGCAUGAGAUAUGUUAAAUGACCAUUACAAAAACUUAAUGAGUUAAAAAAAUAUAAGCAAUUUAAACAAUGUCGAUAAAUUCAUUUGACAUCAAUAACAUUUAACUUCUUAGAAUAAUUAAAUUUGUUAAAUCUGAUCAACUUUUAAUUUCAAAAUAAAAAUAAUAAAACUUGUAUUCGUCCGUGUCCCAAACACUAGUGAAAAUACCGAAAAUAAUUUUAGGAACGUUAGGUAUCGACAGUGUCGUUUCGUUCCAUAUUUGGCAAGGUCAAUAAAUUCUGUUGCUAUACAGGGUGUAUAAAAAAAAACUGAACAGAUUUGAAAUUGCUCUCAAUUUCGCAAAACACCGAUUUGUAUCCGGUUUUUUAUAGAUAUAGCUUCUUUGAGUACUUAAAAUAUAGAAUAAUGAAAAAAAUUUCUUGAACUCAAAUAUUGUGAACCAGGGGGGGGGGUGUCUUUUCCAACAAAAUAAAAAUGGCUUGCGCACAAAAUUUAAAAGCUGUAAUCACACUCUGAGUUAAUAGAUGGGAAAUUUGUCGGGGUUUUAAUUACUGUACAAAAUUUCAGACAAUUUGGUUUAGUUCAAGCUGUUUAACUAUUCACGCAAAGUUACAUUUUUUCUAAAAAUCAGCUAUUUGCAUGCUUAAUUAAUGCAUUUGCCUAAUUUGCAUAUGUUAGCAAUAUGCAAAUUAGGUAAAUGCAUUAAUUAAGCAUGCGAAAGGCUGAUUUUUUAGAAUAAAAUGAAUAGUUAAACGGCUUAAACUAAACCAAAUUGUCUGAAAUUUUGUACAGUAAUUAAAAACCGAACAAAGUUUCCAUCUAUUAACUCAAAAUAUGAUUAAAACUUUUAAAUUUUGUGCGCGAGCCAUUUAUAGUUUGUUGGAAAAGACACACACCCCUGGUUCACCAAAUUUGAGUUUGAGAAUUUUUUUUCAUUAUUCUACAUUAUAAGUACCCAAAGAAGCUAUAUAUAUAAAAAACGGGAUACAAAUUGGUGUUUUGCGAAAUUGAGAGCGAUUUCAAAUCUGUUCAGUUUUUUUUUAUACACCCUGUAUAGUUAGUGUCAAAGUUCAAUUUUUCUGUUUGCCGAUUGGUCAAAACCGCGUCACGUGCCGGUCCACAAAACGUCAUGUUCGACAACCGGUCCGCAAUCAAACAUUUAUUGACCGGUCAAUAAUAAAAUGGGCGCAAUACGCAUGCGUGUCAACCAUGAAAUUCCAAAGUUCAUUUUUAAAACUUUUUACUAAACAUUUACGGCGUUCUAUUUAGCAUGCAGUUCUGGUUUCAAAUUAAGUUCACUCCAAUAACCGGUGAAUUAUUCAUACUUUGACACUCAUAUACUAUAUAACAAAACACUUAUUUACUGAGAUCUCGGAAAGCAGUGUGUUUUGUGGCCGCCCGACCGCCGUUGUUGCCCUCGGCUUCGCCUCAGGCAACAACGGCGGUCUCGGGUCCGCAAAACACACUGUUUCCCUCGGUUUCGGUAAAUAAGUGAUAAAUACAAAUCGGGGCUCUCCUCUUCUUAGUGUCAGGGAGGAAAAAAUUCAACGCUUUAUAUAAUCUGGCCACCGAACUGAAAACUGUCCGCUCACUGACCAUAGUAACCCAAUAAUACGGCAGUUAGUCUUCAAUAUUUUACAGAGCACUACUACAAUACACAGUACUGAGUAUGACCAAAAUUAUACUCUUUUGCUAGAAACCAUUAAGCACGACUGUUUAGUAACUCACAACUACCACCGAUUUCAACAUGGUGCGCCAGAACUCAGCUGGUCACCAAUGCUCGCGGUUGAAGCUCUGCACUGGGCUGAGAAGGUUAUCCACUCUGGUUCAAUCCACAACAGCGACUCAAAUGACCAUGGUGAAAAUAUUGCGAUGUCAAGUGAUCGAUCGUUCGAUGUGAAAGCAGCUAUUGAAUUAUGGUACAAGGAGGAGAGGGAUUAUGAUUAUACUUCUCCAGCCUUCUCUUCACUUACACGGAAUUUCAGUCAAAUGAUAUGGAAAGAGUGUAAAGAAGUAGGUAUGGCCUUGGCGCGGAGUGAUGAUGGAGAGUUGGUUGUUGUCGUUGCCAGAUAUUAUCCUGCUGGUAAUGUCGUUGGUAUGUUCCAAGAUAACGUUCUGUCGAAGUCGCAUGGCAGAGGGGAUAUGUCAUCUUAGAUUAUGGUAAGUAAUUUAAUUUAUUAUUAUUAAUUUUAUUAUAGAUGUGACUGUCCUAAUGUCUGGUUUACACAAGCAAUUUUGUCGGCGUUUUUUCUUCCUCCUAGUAGAUCCGAUUAAAUCAUUGACAUGCCGAGACUCAGAAUUGUGCGCCGAUUUCAUGAAAAUGUCCAGUUAAUCUUUAAUCUUUAAAAUUCUUUAAUUAAGCAAGGUAGCCAUUCAGCAUGCUACGCUGAUUUUCAAUGGGCGGCCAUUCAGCAUGCUACGCGGAUUUUCAAUACUAUCUGAAAGCGUCUACUUUCGAACAGCGCCGUAAGUAGAUGCGAUAAUGGGGGGUAUAUUCAUAUAUUCAUGUUCACAUACCGAAAAACAAUUGCGAGCACACCACGCGAAUAUAUUAAUAUGCACCCCACCCCCAAUUAUCGCGUCUAGGAAUAGCCCGGCCUGCUUCCGAAAAUAUAUUAUUUACUUUUUCUGUGAGUUCACUCGUCUGCAUCCGUCAGGAAGACAAAAGUAGUCUUUUUUAUUUAUAACGCUAAUUCAGGACAUGGAAAGAUCAUCGUAAAUACAAACUUUCCUUGACUUCAUGUGGUAAUUAAUGAAAAUGUGACAUUGGAUCGAGGUUUGUCUUUGAUUGAAAGAUUCUCGUAUAUAUUCCGUAUUUCAUUUUCAAUUUCUACAUUCAACGAUUUGGAUCUUCAAAUCCGAUUAUCGAUGUUCAAUUUCAUUUCACAAAAUCUUAAAGUAAAUUCGAAUCUGACGAAUCCACCUCAACAAAUGGAUUUUUCGAAUUCAAUCUGAAACUUGAUUAGGAUUCAACGUUCCUUUUGAGCUUCUGGUCUUCCCACAUGUACCUUGACCCGACGGAAAUGCAUAGUGCAUAGUGGGACAGAAAACGUAUUGUAAAAAUGGCGUUAAAACAGCUGGCGAAAGGUGAUUCUCACAAUUUGUUCCAUUUGUUUAAUAAAUCCAAAAAUCCGAAUCCUAGGAAUCCAAAUCUAAAUUUACAAAAGAAACGCUCCAUAAACGUAAGUACAUGAGUUGGGCAAUCAAGCAGAUCCUAAAAGUAAUAAUUAUAUUUUGUUUAUUUUAGAAAAUGAAUGGAAUGUUGUCCAUCACUACAUGACAUUGUCAACAAAAUAGAGGAGAAUUAUUUUAGAAAAUAGGGCGGAUGUUUUAAUAUUAUUUUUGUUGUAGUUAUUGGCAGUGCGAAAUAAAAUUUGAAUUGACGAUGAAAUAAUAGAGUCAAUGAAGAACAUAUAAGAACAGUAAAUACGUAUACUAUAGAUGAAUAAUUUAUUAUUGCUGAAAUAUUUUAACUAUUACUUAUUUAUAGAGAAUGCUUAUAUUGUAAAAAUAUAGGGACGUGAACCUUUAAAAUUAUAACUAUAGUUCUAACUGUAUUAAAAUUAAAAUAAACGAC